AUGGCACCCAAUAACGAUGCUACUAAAGACCACUGGUCCUCGGAGGCAUACGCCAACUCAGCAUCUUUCGUCCCGAAGCUGACCCAGACCCUGCUGAAAUACCUCGACCCCACACCGACCGAUAAAGUUCUAGAUAUUGGCUGUGGUGAUGGCAAGUUCACCGAGAAUUUUCUGCCGGCCGUAGGCUCCGUGCUGGGUAUUGACUCUUCGGCUGCCAUGAUCGACUUCGCCACUAAGAACUACGAGAGCCCCAAAGCGAAGUUCCGAGUUGUCGAUUGCCGAUUUCUGGAGAACGAUCCAUCUAUUGUGGAUGGAAGCUAUGACAAAGUGAUCUCCAACGCGGCCCUCCACUGGAUUCUCCGCGAUGAAACAACUCGGAUGUCCACCAUCCGAGCAGUCCACGGCUGUCUGAAGUCCGGCGGUACGUACGUCUUUGAGAUGGGAGGACACGGCAAUGUGGCUGAAGUUCAAACCGCACUCAUCCAUGCCCUCGUGCAGCAAGGUAUCUCCGUCGAAACGGCCAGAAAGACAAGCCCUUGGUUCUUCCCGUCCGAUGUGUGGAUGAAAAAUGCAUUGGAAGAGGUGGGAUUUCACGUGGAAAAGGUGGAACUCGAGUACCGCCCUACUAAGCUGACUACCUCCGCCAACGGUGGUCUGGAGGGUUGGGUAAGACUGAUGGGUGCGCAGUUCCUGGAGAUCCUCCCUACAGAGAAGCAGGAAGUCGUCGUUCGUCAGGUGUGUGAUGUACUCCAGACGGCUGUGACUCGGGUUGAGGAUGGGAGUCAGUGGCUGGGUUACGUGCGCCUGAGAGGCAUCGCCAGAAAGGUCUGA